UUUUCAAUCAUCCCAACAAAUUAACAAACCAAACAUCAUAUAUACUCUUCCAACUUAUUUCUCAUUCAUUCAUACACCUAAAUCAUUUUUUUUGUUAAUCAACAUGGGAUCAAACUUGUUUAAUUAUUCUCAUGUACUUACCUUCCAUUCAACUGCUAAAUGGAAUGCUCAUUUUGAAGCCUUUAAAGAAACUAAUAAAUUGAUGGUAAUUGAUUUCUCAGCAAAAUGGUGUGGACCUUGCAAACUUAUGGACCCAAUUAUGAAAGAUUUUGCUGCAAAAUACACUGAUGUUGAGUUCAUUAACCUUGAUGUGGAUGAGUUAAUGGGAGUGUCUCAAACAUUUCAGGUGCAUUCAUUGCCAACUUUCAUACUCACUAAGAAAGGAAAAAUUGUUGAAAAAGUGGUUGGUGUAAGAAAAGAGGAGCUACAAAGGAUGAUUGAAAAACAUAGAAACUAAAGUGUAGUAUCAUCAUGAUCAUACACUGUAACAAAAACAAAGUCUCUGCAGCACAUUCUUCAUAGAUUACAAAGGAAUAAGAACAAUCUACAAGUUCAGAAUGCAAUAAGUUAGUGUCAUCAUUUUCAUUUUUCACACAAUAAGAAAAUAGGUGUCAUUCUUUUAUCAUUUAAUUUAAGAGGAAAUAUUGUAAUGAUAUAUAUGUAAUUUUUGGUUUAUCAUUUAAUUUAAAGAGGAUUCUUUAAUGUUAUUUGACUAUGCUAAUCAUCAAAAUCUUCAACAACUUGCAAUA